UGACUGUUGGGCUGUAUGUGUCACGCGGUAGUACUGUGAUGAGACACUGUUCUCUGUUGUGUUGACUUCCAGUUCUCCUUUAGGCAAAGUAUUGAUUUAACGACGAGACGAAGUGAAACAUUUGAGCGGUCAAUAUGCUCUUGGGUUAAUGGAGAUAAUUGAAGACCACUGGGACGUGUUUGAAUAAUUAAAAGGUUUGAACUCUUACUAAACAAGAACCUAAAGUUGGUUGAGAAUGGCUAACAACAGGGAUGCCAGCGAGAGCACCCCUCUAUUGGACUCUGACAACAGCAGACCUUCACCAAAACCAUCAGUUUUCGAGGGAAGAAGACUAGCAUGUGCAGCCAUCCUGUUGUCUGAAUCGUUAGAAAGGAUUGCUUUCUACGGCAUCACAUCCAAUCUGGUCCUUUUUCUCAAUAGCGACGCCUUUCGUUGGGAGGGCACUCAGUCGAGCCAGGCACUUCUGGUGUUCAUGGGAGUCACUUACCUGAUCUCACCAUUUGGAGGCUGGUUGGCAGACGCGUACCUUGGGAAAUUCUGGACAAUAGCUUUAAGUUUGGUCCUAUAUUUUGUUGGCAUGAUGUUUUUCCCUUUCCUUUCAAACGAAGACACCAGGAAAGAGCUGUGUGGGGACAUGUUGGCGUUUCCUUUGAUACCUGCUGAGUGUCUGAGCACAAACAGUACCCCUCCAAGCAAUGUCACCUGCCCCGUACGCGCCACAUAUUGUGCUCCAGCAGUCUACGGUGGACUGUUUUUAGUUGCAAUAGGUGUGGGUACUGUGAAGUCCAACAUCACUCCCUUUGGGGCAGAUCAGGUCAAAGACCGAGGACCAGAGGCCACGCGCAGAUUCUUCAACUGGUUCUACUGGUGCAUCAACUUGGGAGCCAUCGUGUCUCUGGGAGGUGUUGCCUACAUCCAGCAAAACCUCAGCUUCGAGCUCGGCUACAUCAUCCCCACCGCGUGUCUCGGGGUCUCCUUCCUGGUCUUCCACCUGGGCCGCGCCGUCUUCAUCACCAAGCCCGCCGACGGCAGCGCCUUCACAGAUAUGUUCAAGAUCCUGGGUUUCGCCUGCUGCUCCAAGAAACCUAAGGAGCCUAGCCUGCUCCGCAACAAACCAUCGCUGCUAGACAGCGCCAAAGUGACCUACGGAGGAAAAUAUCCAGAGGAGAAAGUAGAGGAAGUGAAAGCUGUGUUGAAAAUCCUCCCAGUUUUCUUUGCCCUCAUCCCAUACUGGACUGUGUACUUCCAGAUGCAGACAACGUACAUCCUGCAGAGCCUCCAUCUGAAGAUCCCUGGUAAUAACACCUAUGGCGCUGACAAGAUGACGUUCCACUUCCCCGCCGCCUGGCUCACCAUGUUUGACGCAGUGCUCAUCCUUAUGCUGAUUCCCCUUAAGGACAAAGUAGUGGACCCCAUCCUGAAGCGCCGCGGCCUGCUGCCUUCCCCUCUGAAGAGGAUCGCGGUGGGGAUGUUCUUCGUCAUGUGGUCGGCCGUGGCAGCGGGUAUUCUGGAGACCAAACGCCUGGAGAUCAUCAAAUCAAACGGCCUCAUUGACCAGUGGAUUGGCGACAUUAUCUACUACGCGGCAGAUUUACCCAUAUGGUGGCAAGUGCCUCAAUAUGUGCUGAUAGGGGUCAGCGAAGUCUUUGCCAGCAUUGCAGGUCUGGAGUUUGCAUAUUCUGCCGCCCCCAAGUCGAUGCAGAGUGCCAUCAUGGGGCUCUUCUUUUUCUUCUCUGGAGUUGGCUCCUUUGUGGGCUCCGGUUUGUUGGCGAUUGUCUCACUCCCGGAGAUUGGCUGGAUGUCAUCCCACAAAGACUUUGGUAACAUCAAUGACUGCUCUCUGCACUACUACUUCUUCCUCCUGGCAGGGAUCCAGGGCGUCACCCUGCUGGUCUUCCUUAUCGUCUCCUUCAAGUAUGACAAGCAGAGGGCCAAGACAGGAAGCCAGAGGCAGAGGCACACCUCCUCUUGACCUGUUCGCAGGUCCCCAUGUCCCACCUCACCAUAGCUGCCUUUUCCAGUCACAUCGCUCAGUGCCCAAAGACCUUGCCCAAUAGGUACUUACUAAUCAAAUCCUACAAAAGUUAGGUUUACCUCUUUAAGUCACAAAUUACCUUGUCAUGACUAUGUAUUUAUGUUUAUUUUAGCUUUUAAGCGGUGACUCUUUAUCCUGUUUUUAGUGGUUUUACAUAACUGGACGAAUGCACAGAUACCACUGACAGUAUAGAGAUUAAUGCGGGAGCCAUGCUUGAAUCAGUUCUACUGUACUCCUGUGUGUGUUUACUCUCGUUGCCUUUCUUUGAUUAUUUGCACUUGACUUGAGGAGUGGUGCCAUAAAAAUGUACCAUAUCUAGAUAUUUUCUAAUCAUGGGAGAAUGCUCAGUUGUUUUUAUAGGUACAUUUUUACUUUUUAUGUUUUCUAACAAAGUCUUAUUUUUUGGACUUUUGCUAACCAUUUUACUGAGCCUAGUGUAACAGGUACGGAAGCCCUGAAAGGCAAGCGAGAAUUUAUUUAUUCUAAGUCUGAUCUGAAUUAUUUUCUCUCCUUGUGUUUAUGACUUAAGAACAGGUGGAAAAAAUGUUUCGCCAGGAUAAGGAUAAAAGUUCCUUUUGUAAAACGGGUGGAGAAAAACAUCUUUUUAGGCUGAUUUUUGUAAUCUAUUUUUUUUUGUCUUUGCCUUUUAGUGAAAACAGGUGGAAUCAUUUUUUUAGAUUUUUUUUAAGGCAGAUUAGCAAAAAAAAAAAGGAAUUUAGAAAGGUUAUCCUGGCAAAAUAUGUUUUUCACCAGGAGAGAACAUAAUUUAGAUCAGACUUAGAAAAUGGAUCACCAGAAAAUAAAACAAUUCUCGCUUGCCUUUCAGGGCUUCCGUAAACGGUACAUCAGUAUUUAAAUGAUUUCUGGAUUCACAUCCACAGUCUGAAAUUUGUGCAUUAAAUGUACCUAGCAUUAUUUCUUGAUUACAUUUACCCCUUUUGGGCUUUUAGAGAGCUUCAAAUACCUAUGCAGUAACAUAGUUGUUAUCACAUCGAAUGUGAAAUUUGUUUUAACUCAGACGGUACUUUUAUGUUGUUGCAGAUUCCCAGAAAGCAUUGCUAUUAAUGACACAAUAGCGCUUAAACACACUUAUAUUUAGAUCUAAUCUAUUAUUCAAAUCUAAUAUUGAGAGAGAAAAAAAAUCUCCCACAUUUGUCACCACUGCCUGUGAUUACAUACUGUAAAUCCACAUAAAUCCAGCCUAUAAAUCCGCUAUAAAUCCUCAAACAGAACCAUACAUGAAUAAUGAUAACUCCUCGUGUCCUAUGAAGCUUUAAGGCAGUUCUUCAUUUCUGGUCAAGCUGCAAAAACCACAUGACGAACAACUCAUUAGAAACUAACCUUAAAGGGGACGUAUCAUGCUCAUUUUCAGGUUCAUACGUCAUACUACAGGGUUUCUACUAGAACAUGUUUACAUGCUUUAAUGUUCAAAAAACACAUUAUUUUUCCUCAUAUUGUCUGUCUGAAUAUACCUGUAUUCACGCUCUGUCUGAAACACUCCAUUUUAGUCUCUUUAAGCCCUCCUCCCGACUUUCUGACCCGCCCGCCCGAACCCGUGAUAUUUUCUAGUAAGCUCACCCGAACCUGAAUGUGUGUGUGUGUGUGUGUGUGUGCUCACCUGAGAGGUGGUGUCCCCCACGUUUAUAGGGUUAAUGAAUGAAUUAUCUUCACAUUGCACUUUUAGAGGUUGAGUUGAUCUAGUAGAUCCACAUUUGAGUUAAGUAAUUCAUGUUUUGUUAUUUUAGAGUUAUUUUUUGGCAUAGUUCUAUUUUAUAAAUAAUUAAAUUUAAAAACAACACAUAGGCUAGACAUGGGAUUAAAAACAUGUUCCCCCUUAAAAUCACCUUCUUUAUUUUCCUUGAAUAAGAGCGCAUUUAUGUACCUAGUUAAAUUAACCAUCAUUGUUGCAUUUCUUAAAAUAAAUAAAUAAAUAUAAUAAGGUCUAACGAUCUUUAAUUACAAAAGCUCUGAUAAGUCAGUAAUAGGCGUGGUAUUAAAUUUGAAUAACUGUUUUUUAGACUUUUUUCGCCACACACGUGUUUGCGUACCUGGAUCUAGGCAACCCACAAAAAAACUGACUGGGUCGUCUUAUUUCACAGUUUGUUGGUUAGUAGACACCCAGAUACCCAAACGUAUGUGCACAAGCACCGAAACAGUGAGUUUUUCAUGAUAUGUCUCCUUUAAGCUUAACAGGCAACCAAGCGUGUAGCUCCUAAAAUAUCCCCUGCAUUAAAACUUGGAUCAUGAUAUAAAAGUGCAGACUUAAUAUAUAAAAAUGAAAAAUAUAACCCAUUCACAUUGAUGUCUUUCAUAGCAAAAUAAAGCACAGUGUUUGUUGUCAGGGACGUUUUACAGUGUUAUCAUGGCUUUGCAGCUUUGCCAGGAAAUCUUGAAACAGAAGCUUCUGUUUGGUUGUUGUAUUUAUUAAACUGUGACACAUUUGUUUUAGCUUUAUACUGUUAAGGAAAAUACUUGUUUGUUUCUCUGAUUCUCAGAAUAGGUACGGUAGAUCACAAGGUACUGAAUUUUAUUAAAACACGAAAACUCUCAGGACUCGAGGAAGAGUGUAACGGUACAUAAAAAGCCAGAAGCUAUCUCACUGACUGUGUGUGACUCCUGUUAGAGUGAUUUUACUUUGGAUGUUCCUUGUUUUAUUGCAGAUUUUAUAUAUAAUUGCUUUGUCAUUCAGUCCUCUGCAUAAAGAUUUAUUACGAUUAUUUUGGAAUUACAAUUCUGUUUUGAAACUGGAAUAUUGUUUUGUGGUUAUAUAUGUGUUGUUAUUAAAGUGUAUAAAUUGAAAAA